AGGCGAGUCCAGUUGCCUCUUCCUCACUGUGUUCAUAGAGAUCAGUCUGUGUAGUCUUUGUGUUGGCUUUGGUUUGUUACGGAUUUUCUCUGAACCAGCCGCUGCAUCUACAUCGAAAUGGCUGAUCAGCUUACAGAAGAGCAGAUUGCUGAGUUCAAGGAGGCAUUUUCGCUCUUUGACAAAGAUGGAGAUGGCACCAUCACCACCAAAGAGCUGGGCACAGUCAUGCGCUCUUUGGGCCAGAACCCCACAGAAGCAGAGCUGCAAGACAUGAUCAAUGAAGUGGAUGCUGAUGGAAAUGGAACGAUAGACUUUCCAGAGUUCCUAACCAUGAUGGCCAGGAAGAUGAAGGACACAGACAGUGAGGAGGAGAUCAGAGAAGCAUUCCGUGUCUUUGACAAGGAUGGCAAUGGAUACAUCAGUGCUGCUGAGCUGCGCCAUGUGAUGACAAACCUCGGAGAGAAGCUGACUGAUGAAGAAGUAGACGAAAUGAUCCGAGAAGCAGACAUUGACGGAGAUGGACAGGUCAACUAUGAAGAGUUCGUACAAAUGAUGACGGCGAAGUGAUGGCCUUGUACAGAUUUCGUAUAUAAAUAAUUUGCCUUUUUUUCUUUGUGUAAUUUAUCUGUAAAAUCUUAAUAGCCCCCUUCGUCCCUGCCCCUCUGCUGUCCAAAGGAACUGCAUGUAAACUGCAUAGGCUCUUGUCCCAUGUCCUUUUCUU